AUGCCCCUACCAACAGAAGCCCUUGCAACGCAACUGGUCUUUUUGCGAAUGCAGAACUGUGAUGAGCUGAUCUUGGAGCCUUCCUCACCACUACUAUUAGAGAACGGGAAAAUUGACCCGGGCUACUCCAAGAGUGGAACAGACAGUCUCGAAGAUAAACGACGAAAAUCAUCACUUUCGGAUGACUACAAAGCUAGAGCCUACCAGGAAGCGGAAAGACAGCGAGAGAAGCUUUAUCAUCCAAUCGAAGAAGCUUAUUCACCGGAGUAUCAUUUGUUUCUUCUGCUCCUCACGUCUGUACUCGUCGGUUUAGUGGUACUGGCCAUAUUCUCAUUGAAACCAGAACAGGAAGGAGAGAUCGCAGAAGAACCUUCCACGUUUGGCAAGCGGCACCCUGGAUUGGUAAUGAUGACUGAGAAUAUCGACUGUUCAAUUCAGAUGAAGUGA